AUGCACGGUGAAAAGAAAUGUUUCGAUUGUGAUGUGUGCAAGAAGACAUUUACUAAAUUUGCUAGUUUGGUGUUGCAUAAAAGAUCUCACACUGACAGUCAGCCUUAUGAAUGUGAUGUUUGUAAAAGAAAAUUUAAAUUUUCUACCAAUUUGAGAAAGCAUAAAAAGGCACAUCCUAGAGAUGACAAAUCUUCUCACGAGUGCGAUGAUUGUGAUAAGACGUUUGAUAAAUCUGAAGAUUUAGCAGAACAUCAAAGAAUGCACAAACCUUAUGAAUGUGAUGUCUGUAAGAAGAGAUUUAAACAUACUAGCAGUUUGCGACCGCACAAACGAACGCAUACUGGCGAAAAACCGUAUGAGUGCGAGGUUUGCAAAAAGCGAUUCUCUCAUUCAAGUAGUUUAGUUGUUCAUAAAAGAUUGCACAGUGGGGAAAAGCCUUACAAAUGCGAUGUUUGCAGUAUGAAAUUCAGGGGGUCGAAAAACCUAGUUAGGCAUAAACGAACGCACACUGGGGAAAAGCCUUAUGAAUGUGAUGUUUGCAAGAGAAGAUUUUGCCAAUCGAACGAAUUGAAACGCCAUAAGAGAACGCACACCGGCGAAAAACCUUAUGAAUGUGACGUUUGCAAAAGGAGGUUUGCAGAGUCGGGGCAAUUAACGCAACAUAAAAGAUUGCACACGGGUGAAAAACCUUAUGAAUGUGACAUUUGCAAGAAACGAUUUGCUUACCAUAGUGGCAUGAUGACACAUAAAAGAGCACAUGCUGGGAUCAAACCUCAUGAAUGCGAUGUUUGCAAAAAGAAAUUUUCAUUACCGAUUCAUUUAGUAGAACAUACGCGAACACAUACUGGGGAGAAACCGUAUGAAUGUGACGUGUGUAAAAAAAAGUUUGCACGAUCAUCUGAGGUGAAAAGUCAUAAAAAAAUUCAUGACUUGAAUAAACCUUAUGAAUGUGGUGUUUGCAAGAAAAGGUUUUUUAAACCAAUCACCUUGGAAAGACAUAAAAAGCGACACAAUGCAAGACCUCAAAUUUAUGAAUGCGACGUUUGCAAGAGGAAAUUUGCUUACGAAGGGAACCUAAUGCAGCACAAGAUGACGCAUUUGAAAGAUGUUCCCAUCUUGUGUAAAAUUUGCGGCAAAGAAAUUUGUAAAUCGCAAGACAUGAAAAAAGCUAAGAUGUUAAAGUUGAUCCCACUCAAGGCGAAGACUCAUGGUCCUGACGCAUCGUAUCAAUGCAAUACGUGUCAAGAAAUACAAUCAGCCGGAACUGGCUAUGUCUGUUCUUUCUGCGGCUGUGGGUUUGAUGCCCUGAGUGAACUUCAAGAUCACAUGGUUAUACACAAUGCUAAGUCUGACUAG